AGCGCACCAUACACAAACAAUACCUUGACAACUAUGUCGUCGGACUCGGAAGACCUCGACACGCCAUGUUUCCGAUUACUCAGCUCCCUCAGAAAGAGAAAUCCGGAUACUGUUCAGCCACCCAAUCACAGGACAGGAGGGAAGACGGAUUACAAAGUAACCAUAAAAGGAAAAGAAAUGGACUUAGGACAGCUAAAUAUAGCAGAAAUUGAGCGAUGUUGUCAAGAAUGUCCGGAACCACAUGUAAUACAAAAGGUUUCCCUUCAUCAGACAAGUUUAUCCUACGUCCCGGGAUCGUUACAGAGGUUCAGAAAUCUUUGUUAUCUCAACUGUAGCAACAACAAAAUAAAAUUUGUCUCUUGUCACUUGGCGGAGCUACGAAACCUGAAAGUUCUAGACCUUUCAAACAAUGAAAUUGAGGAUGUUCCUAUAUCAGUGUGCUUAAUAACAUCAAUCAGAAUUUUAGAUCUUGAACAUAAUCAAAUUGAAUAUUUGCCGACUGGACUUUUAGAACUAAGAAAAUUAAAAGACCUGAAAUUGGAAGGAAAUCCAGUACUCGCGCCGCCUCCCCAUGUGUGUGAAAUGGGAGUGGACGCCAUAUUUUCCGCACUUUGGGAUCAGGAACGAAAAACAGAUCUUCUUCACAAUUGGAAACCAUACUAUUCCGCUGACAAAAUCACUUUAAUGCCUUUGUUUAAGAUAUGUGUAGAGACAAUUCUUCGUCACAGAAUAGAUUUCAACUCCAUGGACACAAUUCCUAUGUCUAUUAAGAAGUAUCUGACACUAACCAAGACUUCCAAUGCCACGCGGUUACCUCCCCUCCAAAAAUGCGGCAACUGUCUCGGUUACUUUUCUAAAAGACAUUUGUUUCUUAAUCAUAAAUGCAGGUCAAAGACGGUGUUGCAUGUCUCACGUUAAUUUCCCUAAAGGUGUUGCACGAAAGAUUGAUAAACUUAAGUUAUUGAAAUACAUGAUAAAACCAAUUGGAAA